AUGAGCGCCAAUGCUAUCAGGGCUGCGUGGAACGGCGCGGUAGAACUGAAGCGUCACUGCAGCCACGUCAUCAACACGCUAGGACCCCAGACACCGCCCGAGGCGUUCCUCUACCGCGGGAACGCCUACUACGCACUGGGGCAGCCGUACUUUGCGCUGGCCGACUACAAUACGGCCGGGUCGGUGCUGAGGCUCUCCGGUGAGCACCAACGUCGCUGCAGGAAGGCACUCGAGUCGUUCCCUGAAACGCAGACCGGGGUCUACCCCUCCACCGACUCCCAUCUGCACAUCUUUGUUAAGCCGACGCUAGCCAAGUCUUGCGCUAUCGAAACCAUCAACGAGCAUGUUGGUCGUGGGAUACGGGCGACGGAGAACAUGCCGCGCCACAGCGUCGUUGUACAGCCAACAAGCCCAUGGCUUCUGUACCCCACGGAGGAAGGGCUGUGUUCGCACUGCGGCACCAGCCUGCCAGAGCGCAGCUUUGCAUGCGCGAAUGACAGCUGUCACGAGGAAUACUGCAGCCGGGACUGCCGACAGGAGGCUAUGGCGCACUACCACGCAGCGGUAUGUUGCAACAAGGACUACCAGAGCAUUGAAUUGGAUGUCUUUGCACAAAUGACGGAGGCGGAGAAGGCCGGAGCAGUUGCGGAGCGCAACGCCGCCGCAGCGCAGCUCCUCAUGCUGCGUGUCCUGUCGACGAGCAUCCAGAAGCAUGUGGUGCCGUCCGCCAUGGGGCAGGUCCGCAUCUUGUCGGGCCGCCUCACAUUUAGCCCACAAGUGCUGUCGAGGUCGAUGUUGCGCCUAUACGAGCGCCUCGCGCACGCGCUGCGCAUUUCCACAAUUGUGUCGUACGAAGAGGUGGUGGGCAUCCUGGCGCGCAUUACGGCGAAUUGCUUCCACCGCGACGGCUCUGUGGAACUCAACCUGCCGCGAUCGAUGCUAAACCACUCCUGCGCGGCGAACGUCGCUGAAGAUGGGCAAACCGGUGCCAUGAUCACUACACGCGACGUCGCGCGUGGCGAAGAGCUUGUCAUCAAUUACUACCCGCACCUGAAGGACCUGGCUUACGCAGAGCGCACAACAGAGCUGGAGCGGCGCGGCUUCCCUUGCAUGUGCGCCAAGUGCCAGCGACGCGAGUAG